AUGGUAAAUAUAAACCAAAAUGUUGAUGAUGUCAUACAGCAAAUUCGACAUAAUGAUAUGGCAGCAGAUAACAAUCUGGCAGCUAUGGUCGAAAGGAUUAUGGCACGAAAUGGGGUGAAUUUUGUCCUUCGAAUGCCAAAUUAUACAUCACCCUUGUCGGAAGAUAUCCUACAGAUAGAUAUACCCCCUAGAACGAAAAUUCCUAAAUUUACUAAGUUUUUUAGGGAUACCACUGAAUCCACUAUCAAACAUGUGGCUAGGUAUAUAAUAGAGGUAGGAGACAUUUCGAACAACGAAAACCUUAGGAUAAAGUACUUCCCAAGUUCUCUCACGAAGAAUACCUUCACGCGAUUUAGAACCUUGCCACAAAAUUCGAUCCACACUUGGAAUCAGUUAGAAAGAAUGUUCCAUGAGCUGUUUUACAUGGGGCAAAUGAAGAUAAGUCUGAAGGAAUUGGCCAGUAUUGAACAAAAAUUCACUGAGCCAAUUGAUGAUUAUCUAAAUAUAUUUCGAUUGCUUAAAGCUAGGUGUUUUACACAGGUAUCAGAGCAUGAGUUGGUCGAAAUGGCUGCUGGGGGCCUUGACUAUUCUAUUAAGAAAAAGUUAGACACACAAUAUUUGAGAGAUAUGGCCCGACUGGAUGAUAGGGUUCGACAAUUAGAACGCUUGAAGGAAGAAAAGGCUAGAGAAAAUAAGAAUAAAAGAGUGGCCUACAUCGAAUUCAAUAAUGAUGAUGAAGGAUCCAAUAAUGAGUCUUUAGACUUCGACGAAAAUGAAAUCGACCUUGCUGAGUUGAAACAAGGGCCACCUUAUUCUUGUAAGGUCUUGGCCCCAUCGAAUGGAAAAACCCCUAUCGAACCAGAAAAGAAUGAUAAAUUUCCUAAGAAAACUUACACAUUCGACGUUACAAAAUGUGAAGAAAUCUUCGAUUUGUUUGUUAAGGAUGUUCAAAUGAUAGUGCCUCCCGGUGCUAAAAUGCCUCCUUUGGAACAAAGAAAGAAAAGAGGGGAUCUUGUCCAGAAUGUUAUUCAGGAAGGAAGACUCAAAUUCAGGGACAAACCCAGAAGCCAAAUGAAAAUUGACUCUGACCCUCUACAAGUUGCUGAUGCCCACUACACAGAGCCAGAUGAAGUCAAUAUGGUCAAAGUUGCUGAUGACUUCAACCACACCAUCACCAUGGACGAAGUUACUAAGGACUUCGUCAAAAAAGUUGUCAUGGUUAGGGUCUCUGAGCAUCAUGACCAGGAAUUCCUCAAGAACUUUAUAAAUAAAGCCGUUGAAAGCUUCACCAACGGAACCACUGAUGGUUUCGAUACCAGGGUCACUGAAGAUUCCAACUUGAUGAUAGUAACAAAAGAGAUUGCUGAUAAUUUCAGUCAAAUUGAUUAA